AUUCAAAGUGUAAUUACGGAAAUAUCUGAAAUUGUCUGAAUCGCAUUUGUGUCUAUUAUUUCGUUGAGCCGAUGACUGAUACCAUGUCGACACAGGAAAUAAACGCAAUUUCUGAAUCCAAGGAAACAUCGAUGGAGCUAGUGCAGGUGAACCACUGCAACCUCCCAGCAAAGCUCCCGAAAGUGAGCCUGCCGAUGGACAGCUCCUACUGCUUCCCAACAGCCCUCCUAACGGACCUGAUCGUCGACGUGAUGAGGAGUGCCGACGAGACCGAGCAAUUUCACGCAGCCCAGGCAUGCAGACAGCUCCUGGACUGCUACACCGAGGACCCCCCCACCGACAUGCUGAUCGCCAAGGGCAUCGUCUCCCGUUGCAUCGACUUCCUGUCUGCCCACCACAACCCCGCCCUCCAGUUCGAGUCCCUCUGGGCGCUGACCAACGUCACCGCCGGCACAUCCGAGCAGACGAUGUACGUGAUUAACCACAAGGCCAUCCCCAAGCUGGUGGAGCUCCUGAAGUCCCCAGUCCCCGAAGUGGCUGAGCAGGCGGCCUGGGUCCUGGGUAACAUCGCCGGGGACAGCCCCGAGGCCCGCGACAGAGUCCUGGAUUACAACUGCAUGCCCCUCCUCCUGAGGCUCAUCAAGCCAGACACCUCAGUGGCCUUCACCAGGAACAUCAUCAGGACAAUCGCCAAUGUGUGCAGACACGACAGGUCUCCACCCCCGUUCGCAGUGGUGAGAAUGGCCCUGCCAGCCCUCACCAAGCUCCUCGAUCGAGAGGACCCCGACGUCAGCGCUGACGCCUCCAUGGCCCUCUCCUACCUCAACGAGGGCUUCGAGGGCUGGAUGGAGGGCGUACAGAACACCCUCGAGGAGUUCCAGCUGUUCUUCUCAAUCGUCUUUUACGCGGCCAUUCUCUACGUCUGGGUCAUCUCGUGCUUCGAGAAGAUCAACCCUUCGGGAGCUGCUGGGAAUUAUUCGAGUCCUGAUGUGGGAAUUCCUGGAUUUGCUGCUUUACAGGAGAUCAGGGGCCAAGAGUCCCAGCUUUGAUGAUGUGUUUAGAGGGUGUUAAUGAAUGCUUUUCAUUUGCUUUGAGUAGAUUUUAAUAAAUGGAUUUUUGUGUAAGUGGUUGAGAGAUUUUGACGAGCUGAUGAAUUAAUUGUUUGAGUAGUGGAAUUCUUGUUUUUUAAUUAAAAUUAAUGUAAAAUAUAUUUGAUUUUUGGGAAUUCAGUAACGAAGUGGUAAAUGGUUCAAGU